AUGGCGGGACACAAAACUGGUCUUCAAACACUAGUUAAAAUGAAAACACCUGAGGUUCUCUGGACGCACUGCAUGCUCUACAGAGCAGCUCUCGUAUCAAAAACUAUAAGCAAGGAAUUUAACAAUGUUUUUGGAAAAGUAACGAAAGUUAUAAAUUACAUAAAAAACAGUCCAUUAAAAGCAAGGGUACUUGAACUCAAAGAAGAAAUUGCUAUGUUUCUCGAGGAAAAUCAUAAUGAAGUCGGCAAUAUGUUUAGGGAUGAUAAUUUUAUUGUUAAACUUACAUAUUUGGUUGACAUUUUUGAAAAAUUGAGUGUUUUUAAUAAAUCAAUGCAAGGACCGCAAAUGCAUUUGCUUAUACAAAAAGACAAAGUGAAAGCAUUUAUUAAAAAAGUGGAGCUAUGGAAAUCAAAUUUGCAAAAAAAUAAGAUUGACAUGUUUCCACGUUUAAAUUUAUGCGCCCGAGAUAACAUAGAAGCAAACAAAAAUCUCUUUGUGGAACACUUGAAUGGUUUGUUGCUUCAAGUUUCGAAUUAUUUUGGUGAUCUUGAUUUUACAAAGUUUGCGUGGAUACAGAAUCCAUUUAUCGACGAAGAAGAUGAUGAAUUUGGAUUGACAAGUAUUGAAAAAGAAAAAUUGUUAGAAUUAUCUUGUGAUACUACAUUAAAACAUAAAUUUCAGACUGUAUCUCUGGUUCAAUUCUGGUUGAAUCUUCAUACAGAAUAUAACACUUUGUCAAACAAAGCUUUGAAA